CAGAGCACAGACGCUGCUCCUGUGUACCCUCAACCGCCUAACAAAUAAGUCCUACACUCAAAUCACCAAAGUCCAGGGUGCUGCCAUUGCUUUUGAAAACAAUCCCAGAGAAAAGAACCUCCGUGGAGAGUUCCUGAAAUGCAGAGGAGAGCCAGAGAAGCCAAAAGGAUGAGAAGUCAGGUACUGUUUCCCUUCCUGCUGUCUUUGUUCUGCGGGGCCAUCUCCCAGCAGAUCCGAUACACGAUUCCAGAGGAGCUAGCCAAGGGCUCACGGGUGGGGAACCUUGCCAAGGAUCUGGGGCUCAGUAUCCGGGACUUGCCAGCUCGAAAACUGCGGGUUAGUGCGGAGGAUUAUUUCAACGUUAGUUUGGAGAGCGGGGAUUUGUUAGUGAAUGGUAGGAUAGAUCGAGAGAGGAUUUGCGGAAGGAAACUUGAGUGUGCACUAGAAUUCGAAACGGUUGCUGAAAACCCAAUGAAUGUUUUCCACGUGGUUGUUAUAAUCCAAGAUAUUAAUGAUAAUGCACCACGUUUCGUUACAAAAGGCAUUGACUUAGAAAUUUGUGAGUCAGCCUUACCCGGGGUAAAAUUCCCUCUGGAUUCUGCGCAAGAUGCAGAUGUGGAAGGUAAUUCACUAAAGAUAUACACCAUCAACCCCAAUCAACACUUCUCUCUGUCAACGAAGGAAAGUCCUGAUGGAAGUAAAUAUCCAGAAUUACUGCUGGAAAAACCUCUAGACAGGGAACAUCAGAGCUCCCAUCGCUUAAUCCUGACUGCCAUGGACGGCGGGGACCCGCCUCUAAGCGGCACCACCCAGAUCAAUAUCCAAGUCACUGAUGCCAAUGAUAAUGCUCCUGUGUUUAGCCAGGAUGUAUACAGGGUUAGCCUCCAAGAAAACGUACCCUGGGGAACUUCUGUGCUGCGAGUGUUGGCCACAGACCAGGAUGAGGGCAUUAACGCAGAGAUCACCUAUGCCUUCCUCAAUUCCCCAAUAAGUACCAGCCUCUUCUUCAAUCUUAAUCCAAAUACCGGCGACAUUACAACCAAUGGCACAUUGGACUUUGAAGAGACAAAUAGAUAUGUGUUGGGUGUAGAAGCCAAGGAUGGAGGAGUACACACAGCUCACUGUAAUGUUCAAAUUGAAAUUGUUGAUGAGAAUGAUAAUACCCCAGAGGUGACUUUGAUGUCCUUCUCUAACCAGAUUCCAGAGGAUUCAAACCUUGGAACUGUAAUAGCCCUCAUAAAAGUGCGAGACAAGGAUUCUGGGCAAAAUGGUAUGGUGACAUGCUAUAUUCAGGAAGAAGUUCCCUUCAAUUUAGAAUCCACCUCAAAGAAUUAUUACAAGCUGGUGAUUUGUGGGGCCCUAAACCGGGAGCAGACAGCAGACUACAACGUCACAAUCAUAGCCACCGACAAGGGCAAGCCAUCCCUUUCCUCCAGGACAAGCAUAACCCUGCACAUCUCCGACAUCAACGACAAUGCACCUGUUUUCCAUCGGGCCUCCUACGUGGUUCAUGUGGCUGAGAACAACCCACCUGGCGCCUCUAUUGCACAAGUGAGCGCCUCCGACCCGGAUUUGGGACCCAACGGCAGUGUCUCCUACUCUAUUCUGGCCAGUGACCUAGAGCCGCGGGAGCUGUUGUCCUACGUGUCCGUGAGCGCGCAGAGCGGAGUGGUGUUCGCGCAGCGCGCCUUCGACCACGAGCAGCUGCGCGCCUUCGAGCUCACGCUGCAGGCCCGCGACCACGGCUCGCCUGCGCUCAGCGCCAACGUGAGCCUGCGCGUGUUAGUGGGCGACCUCAAUGACAAUGCGCCGCGGGUGCUGUACCCCGCGCUAGGACCGGAUGGCUCCGCACUCUUCGAUAUGGUGCCGCGCGCCGCAGAGCCCGGCUACCUAGUGACCAAGGUAGUGGCGGUGGACGCAGACUCAGGACACAACGCUUGGCUGUCCUACCACGUGCUGCAGGCCAGCGAGCCCGGGCUCUUCAGCCUGGGGCUGCGCACCGGUGAGGUGCGCACAGCGCGUGCCUUGGGCGACAGGGACGCGGCCCGCCAGCGCCUGCUGGUCGCCGUGCGUGAUGGAGGACAGCCGCCACUCUCCGCCACCGCCACGCUGCACCUAAUCUUCGCGGAUAGCCUGCAGGAGGUAUUGCCAGACCUCAGCGACCGCCCGGAGCCCUCUGACCCUCAGGCGGAACUGCAGUUUUACCUGGUGGUGGCCUUGGCCUUGAUCUCAGUGCUCUUUCUCCUCGCGGUGAUUCUGGCUGUCGCCCUGCGCCUGAGACGUUCCUCCAGCCUGGACACUGAGGGCUGGUUUCAAACGGGUCUGUGCUCCAAGUCUGGGCGCCGGGUUCCUCCCAACCACAGCGAGGGAACUUUGCCCUAUUCCUACAAUCUAUGUGUUGCCUCUCAUUCUGCAAAGACAGAGUUUAAUUUUCUCAACCUGACACCGGAAAUGGCUCCCCAUCAGGAUCUGCUGUGUGAUGAUCCUUCUAUGGUUGUAUGUGCCAGCAAUGAAGAUCACAAAAUCACUUGUGACCCUUCUUUUUCUUCUCACGUGAGUUUCUGCAUAUCUAUUUAA